AUGAGUUCCUCGGCCGCAAUAUCAACCAGAGCGCCAGCCCCCCGGAUCAUGCGCCCUGCGUUCUCACAAUUGGUAGCUACACAUAUUUCCCGAAGUCGGAGCGUGUGGCGAUGUGCACGUAACGGUCAGAGUGAAAAGACGGACCGCAUUUCACGACGUAUUGACCAAUACCAUCGGCAUCCUCUAUUCAGUCAACAAAAGUUAGAAGCCCGUCAUGACGGAUCUCCCACUCCUAAUCCCAAGCAUUCAACUUGGGGCUGGGGAGUGUGGCGCUCUUUUCCAGGCUUCUCUGGCCUCUCCUCUGGCCGAAAAAAGAGCGUUCGGGACUCAGAACAAGAACAACUAUACAACCAUAUGGAGCUGUUGAGAAAGCAGAUCGAGGCCGACCCCUACAGCGCUUUGUUUGGGCGCAGAUUGGAACCUUUUCACAAGCUUGAAAAAUCCGACACCUCAUUCAAUGGCUUUCUCCAGUCUUUUAUGAACCCCAAAAAGCCUACUCGUGCUAGAUCUGCGGAGCUAACACAGAAGCAAAAAGGAAGCAACUCAAAUCAUGUUGGACUUCAGUACGACCCCAUUAGUGGGAGGAUGGCGCCUAUGCCUCCUAUUGCAUCGGAACCGAAGAACGAGGAGACAAAAGCCGGCUCUCAUCAAAUCGUAGACUGCUCUCCUGGCAGUGAAGUCGAUCCAAAGUUUGUCUCUAACCCGAACUUACUUCAGGAUGGACAGUCCCAGCCUGGAAUCUCCAAGCUGCAGACCGAAGCUCCGCUGGGCUCGCACUCGACUGUUGAAUGUCCACCAGGCAGCGAGCUGGACGCACUCUACCAAUCCAACACUGUCGCUUCCCCGGAUGCAAAUAUCAGGACACAGGUACCUCGUGAGACUACCAAAAAACCCGAUGUUAGCAUCGAUCGCUCCCCUAAUAAUGAAAUGGAGUCGUUGUUUGUUUCCGGAUCAAUUGAGUCAGAGCAUGCUCCACUGGAAACAUUCAAAGACAUUGAGCCCAAAAAGCGUCUCAACUCGGAUUCUGGCUUGGCCUCUGGCACCAAUGUGGAGUGUCCUCCGGGCAGUGAGCUAGAGGCCAAGUUUAUCUCCGAGCCUGCAAGUCAAUUGGUCGACACACUUCCAUCCGGGUUGGAGAAUCAACGCCGAAGCGGUCCAGUGAGUGUUCCCAUCGACUGUCCACCAGGAAAUGAACUAGACGCAAAAUUCUCUUCUGGGCUGGCCAGUCCAAAUCCUCACACUGGCAACACUAGCCACCAGGAAGCCAUCUCAUCCGGCCAGUCAGGGUUUCACUCAAGCGUUGAAUGCCCUCCUAGUAGUGAGGUAGAAACUCCCAUUUUGUCGGAAUUGGCUAGUCAGGACAGUUCUGAAUCAAGAGCCCAGACCACCGUUGAUUGUCCCCCUGGAAGCGAAUUAAAAGCCAAAUUUAUGUCCAACCCAACCUCAAACAGCGAUGGACAAUUAAAGCCGGCAACGACAGUCGAGCUGGAUAACUCUAAUAAGGCUGACAUCUCCAUCGAAUGUGCACCUGGAAAUGAAUUGGAAGCGAAGUUGGUUUCCGAUGUGGCAGGUGCCAAGAGCUUUUUCAAGGCUGAAAAUCUGGGUACAUUGCAAGCCAGCGACAUUCGUGCUCAACACGCUUCUGAGGAGACUAAGACACAACAGACACGCUCGUUAGAUUUUGAUGCUUCCGAGGACCGUGUAGGUGACUUUUAUCUCCAACAACAAAAGCUGGCCACUGAGAAUGAGAAUCAAACACCAUCUCGUCACCUCUCUCCUGAAUUCCAUAUCCUUGCUUACGACGCAUCAACAUCCCAAGUAACAACAGCUCAAGCAAGCUCAUUCUUUGGUAUCAACGAGAGUGUUACAUCAAGUGAAAUCUUAUUCCGACUUCACAACCCCGCCAAAUUCCUACCUUACUUUGACAAGAUGCAGCAAAAUGGUUACGAAAUUGCAACCGGGGGAGGCGACAUACUUGUUUUCCGAAAGAUUCAGAAUGCUUCACGCCCGGAUGCUCUAAAUCACACACACCAGGCAGGGCAUGAGGAUCCUCAUUGUUUGAGCGAUAGCCCGGCCGAACCAAAAGCAUUGCAUCAUGAGUCUUCCAAGGCAUUCCAGCCAUCCUCAGCAUCGGGCCAUGAAGACGAAAAACCAACAAAGCCUAACUCGUUGUUUCGCAAAGCAGGCCGCAGAAUGCUCUUUGGAGGCACGAUUACUGUAGCAACUUGCUAUGCUAUCGGAGUCGUGACGGAAUUCUUCCGCACCGGUGGAAAGGACGGCCGUGGAAUUGAUGGGUUUACUGUGUUCGAGUCGGACCGGCGUCGUUGGGAUUGA